GCAAACACAUUUGUGAAGUAGACUCUCAUAUGACACAUGUAUGCUGUCAAAAGCAAAAUGAUGCAAGGAAAAAUAUUUCUGAGUCUAGUGGUCAUUCUUUGGGCCAGCAGAUGUUCAGAUGGGAACAUUGGAGAGGUAGAGCAAUGCACAGAAAGUAGUUGUGGUGGUAUUAAUCAUGAGGACUGCACAGUACGCUGCAAUAAUAUGAUUCUAACUGAUGGACUGCCAAAAAUAAACCGACAUGUUAGAGUCUUGGAGAUUCGCGAUUCUCUGAUGCCAACUAUCAAGAACUACAACUACGAACCCUUGGUUAGGUUAGUCAAAGUCUUCAUUAAUGCUUCAAAUGUAACGCAUGUGAACAUUGAUGCAUUUGAGAAAAUGCCAAACAUUGAAGUUUUGCACAUAGAGCACAAUAACCUAACCACUAUAUUGAAUGCUGGAUUCAACUUGAAGCACCUUAAUGAACUAAGCCUGAUAGACAAUAAUAUCAGAACCAUUAAGUUCUCAGUGUACAAAUCGAUUCAAAUUUCCUUGUCUCAUAAUCCUAUAAAAAACAUACUCCCUGGAACGUUUGCAGGCUUCAAAUCUAUCAAGAAUGUGUCUUUAUUUCUAAGAGAUAUAAAAAUACAAAAACUGAACAUACACACAUUUACUGGUUUAAAUGAAUUAUAUGAGUUGGACAUUAGUGACAAUAAUUUAGGUGAAGAUGGUUUGGAAAGUAUCGCGAACAGUACACAAGGAAAAAAGGUAAAAAAACUAACAGCUGCAAACUGCUCAAUGAAGUCACUGAAACCAGAAAGUUUUGAAAAGUUAAGCCAUGUUGAAUGGCUUAAUCUCAGUAGCAAUUUAUGGGAAACAUGGCCGAAUAAUACUCUUAAACAUCUAGAAAAUCUAGAAUCAUUAACAAUCGACAAUAGUCCUUACUUUGCAUUUUUUGAAGCAAGUAACGAAAUGAACAAUGUGAAAAGUAUAUCAUUCCGUUCAAAUGCACUCCUGAAAUCGAAUACGAUUUCUACUAUUUUCAACAACUCCCAAAAGUUGGAAUAUUUGGAUAUAAGCGACAAUCAUUUUCAAGACAGAGUAAACGAGAUCAGUCCAUUGGAAACGUUAAAAGUAUUUGACAUGUCGCAAAACAAUCAUCCCUUGGUCAAAGAACGAGUCAAUUACUUCAAAACAAUGCCAAACCUUAUAAUAUUCAAUAUGCGCAAUGUUAAUUCCGAACACCAAGAGAAAGGGGACUUUGACUUGGGAUCAGUUGCAUUGACCAACAUGAAACAUCUAUGGAAACUUGAUUUAAGCCAUAAUACUGCAGUACUUACGAAUGAACAUAUCAAAUUCAGUUACUCCGGCUUAAUAAGUCUAAGAGAUGUGAACCUAUCUUACAAUAAGUUACAGGACUGUCUUGAUGCACUCAUUGAAUUAUUCAAACUUUUUACAUCUGUCGAAACUCUGAAUUUAGAGCGGAACAGUCUCAUGGAACUGCCAAAGCAUAUAUUUGAGUCUAUGACAAAAUUAACCGACCUACAUCUAGAAGACAAUCGAUUGACAUACUUUUCUAAAAAAUAUCUCCGGAGAAAUCUAAACAUAAAAAAUCUGCAUCUUCAAGAAAACUCCAUAAAAUAUAUCAGUGGAUUAGCAUUUGUACAUUUACAACGACUGAGCAUGCUGAAUAUAAGCAAAAACCCUUUCAUAUGUAACUGUAAACUGAGACAGUUUAGAGACUGGAUACAAAUUAAAAAACAUUUAGUACAUGGCUCUGAUCAAAAAUGUGCAGAACCUCUCGAAAUGAAUCAUUUGCGUAUCAACUCAUUUGAAAUCCCAUGGACAGAAUGCGAUGACAUGUGGAUUAUCCUGGUAGCCCUAGUUUUUGCGAUUUGUUUGAUUCUUGGGAUUUUACUGAUAUAUUUUCGUUGGGAUAUCAAAUACUGGUGGAGUCUACGUAGAUCAAGACGACGUCGCAAUGGAUACACAGAGCUAAAUGAGACCAUUGGGGGAAGAUACCAGUUUGACGGAUUUGUGUCCUAUAACAGUGAAAGUCAGAAAUGGGUCAUUGACUUCAUGUUACCAAAUAUGGAACAAUCCCAAGAUGACAUGAAUUUCAAAAUCUGUUUUGAUGGACGUGACUUCAUUCCUGGAAAGUAUAUUGCUGACAAUAUCAUUGAUUCAAUACAACAAAGCCGCAAACUGAUUUUUGUCAUAACGGAAAAAUUCAUCAAGAGCCAGUGGUGUGGUUUUGAACUAGAAAUGGCCAAUUUGAGACAAUUUGACGAAAAAAGGAACCUCGUUGUGCUAAUUUUCCUAGAGUCAAUUCCGAAGAAGAAACUACCACGAAAAAUCAGACUUCUUAUGAAACACAUGACAUAUAUUGUAUGGGACAAAGAGAAUGCACGGGCCCAGAGUCUUUUCUGGAAGAAGUUAAAGCUGUGUAUGAUGGAUGAACCAAAUGACCUUAUGUUUGGACAAAAUCCUUGAAUUUGAUCCCAAAAAACAAUAGGGAAAUAAACAUGCUUCCAUAUACUAGUUAUUGAUGCUUAUGGGUAGACGAUAUACAUAAUGUUAAGCCCAAUUUUAUCCCAGUGCUCUACUUGGUUUUGUAUAUAUCGUAUGUAUGUAUAUAUGUAAAUGAUGGUUAAAGACAUUCUGUAUGUUAAUGAAAUAAUUUGCAUGCUGUGUAUAUCUGGCAUACUUUUGUACAAUUAAGGUGGAUCUGUUCCAGAGUUCAAAAUCAAAAUAUUUGGAUUAAAUGUCUAAAAGAAACUUCCUUAUAUUUAUGU